AAAAAGAAAAUUGGUAAAAAGAGGGUGGGAUUCAGGUGCUAACCGUUUGUUGACUGUAUUUGGUGAUUAUCACCUCGUGAAUAAUUCUGUUUGUAUCAGAAACCUUUCUUAAUCUUCAAUAGCGACUCAUGUCGUUGUACUCGUUUUCUAAGAAUGAAUCCAAACGUUUUCGCCCAGCAGUCUGUGAUCGGAUCACAUACCCUUAAUCCAAAGACGAUCCCGAUAACAGAGGAGUACGAAAUAAGCAAAAAGGUUUUGGGUUUAGGAAUUAGCGGAAAGGUCGUCGAGUGUUUUUCGUUGAAGAAUAAGAAGAAAUAUGCUCUUAAGGUUUUACGUGACAAUCCUAAAGCAAGAAGGGAAGUAGAACUUCACUGGAGAGCAAGUAGCCACCAGCACAUUGUCAACAUUAUUGAUAUAUAUGAAAAUAUUCAAGGAAACACAAAAUGCCUUCUUGUUGUUAUGGAAUGCAUGGAAGGAGGAGAAUUGUUCCAACGCAUUCAAGACCGUGCAGAUGGUGCUUUCACUGAGAGAGAAGCGGCCGAAGUUAUGCGUGAUAUUUGCUUGGCUGUGCGACAUCUUCAUUAUAUGGGCAUAGCUCACAGAGACCUGAAACCAGAGAACCUAUUAUAUUCUUCCCCUGGUCUAGAUGGCAUAUUAAAGCUGACAGACUUUGGUUUUGCUAAAGAAUGUUUUGCUAAGGAAACUUUACAAACACCUUGCUACACACCGUAUUAUGUCGCUCCUGAAGUUCUUGGCCCAGAAAAAUAUGACACAUCUUGCGAUAUGUGGUCAUUAGGAGUUAUCAUGUACAUUUUACUCUGCGGGUAUCCCCCUUUCUAUUCUAAUCAUGGACAGGCCAUGUCACCUGGUAUGAAGAAACGUAUUCGUACAGGGCAGUAUGAUUUCCCCAAUACCGAGUGGAAACACGUUUCUGGUGAGGCCAAAGAGUUGAUUCGAUCUAUGCUUCAAACAGAAGCAACAAAAAGACCCACCAUCGAUCAAGUCAUGCAAAACAAAUGGAUCGCGCAUUUUGCUGCUGUCCCACCGACACCGUUGGCAACAGGGACCGUAUUGAAAGAGGAAGAAGAAGCCUGGCCUGAAGUACAAGAAGAAAUGAACCGUUCUUUGGCUACGAUGCGCGUGGAUUAUGAUCAAGUUGCAUUAAAGUCUUUACAGACAUCAAAUAAUGCAUUACUGAACAAGCGGCGCAAAAGAGCCGCACCUGAGCCUCCUUGUGCCCAAGCACACUAAAAAUGAAAGAGUUUACAUCUUGUCUGUUUGCGGCCUCUGGUUGAAUUUCAUGGUUACCGUAGAAUAUUCUAACUGAAACACUGUCGUUCGCUCCAGUUCUCACAAUUCUACAUCACUUAAUCUUGUUGUAGUUAAUUAAAUUCAACCGGUAUUGUUUAGACGUCUGUUAAAUCCAUGCUUGUUCUUAAUCAACAGAUUUACUUAUAUACGUGUACGUGCAGAUUUCCGUACUAUUGUUGAUCCUCCCCCGUGAAUUAUGAUCAAACCUGUGUGAAUGUUUCUGAUUGUUUUGUUAUUUUUGCAUCACUGGACUUGAUUGCUCAGCUUUGCCAUUUUGAGCAAAUCUUGGUGUUGGAGAGUUGUGACUUUUCUACCAUCUAUUUAGCCGUUUACUUAUUAUACAUUUCUGAAAGGAGACCUUGAGCUGAUCUAACGUUAGCUAUAGCGUCCAGAUUGCCUUAAGUUUUGUUUUGAAUGGUAUAGAAUGUUGUGGUUCUACCUGUUCAUCUCUUGUUAUACAGUGCAAUUAGUUACUUACAUCCUGGUGGUCUAUUCUUCGGCCACGCCGGACAUUAUUGGCUACCAAGUUAUGUUUUAUGUGUUCCAAAUACAAACGGUGGCAUGUU